AUGGGAUCGACGCUUCCCGCGCCAGACGACGUCCACAGGGUGACCGGACCUGUCCAAACGCAAACUGCCUCUGAGGCUCUGAUGGACCACCUUUCCUCAACUCUACCUCUGUUUUCUGCCCCUAGCGAGUCUCUGCAAUCAGAAUGGAGUGAUACUUCACCCAACCUUGCAGACUCCUUGCUAUCUAUGGACUUUGAUUCUACCAGCACGCUUGGCACAUCACUUUAUCAAAGUGAGAUCCCUUCAGAUUCUUCAUUAUCACCAUUGGCAACGCCUAAAGAUGCUGUGGGAUCAAGAUUGUUCGCACCGGUUGAUGCCGUUGUAUUGCCCACUACCGACGCAUUUUGUCACUGGCCCGACAGCGACGCAUUGUCCGAACCCAAUAGCAAGCGCGCACGUCUAAAUGAGCCUUGCUGUCUCCCUGAUUCUAUAAUUAAGCAAGACUUUACUCUUUUUCCGGAUGACGAUGAGCAGCAGUCGCGCCGUCAAGUCCCUUCCUCUCUCCAAACCAGUCUCGUCACAGGUGAUGAGUCAGCUUCUGUUUUAAACCUGCUUGAUUCACUCAAUUCAUCAGUCUGUGAUGCAUCACCAUUCCUCUCGCCAGAGCCAACGUCGACAUCGGCUUUGAGCAAGGUCUUUUCUCCUAACACACACCCUCCAGCGUCUCUAACCCAAACGGCUAAUAAGUCACCAAUACCAGAGAUCGCUGGAACAGAGGGAAUAACAUCACGUUCUUCAGCAACAACACUAGUGCCUGCAAGUGCUGAUCUUGCUGACGCGGUCAAGUCGUUCAGGGGCACACACAGACGACGACGUGAUGCUCACGAGCUCUUGCCUCUUAAUGCACCUGUCCAACCAAGAACCUAUCACACCGAGUCUGCUACGUCGCGUCGAGAUUCAAAGGAGCAAUCAUCGGUGUCACCAGCUGAACCACCUCUCAUUUCGGAUGGGUCGAGUCCAAGGCCAGAAAUGGACGCGCGAUCGAUGAAGAGACUCAGCAACACGAUCGCAGCCCGCCGAAGUCGCCAUCGUAAGGCUGAAGAGCUAAAGCGUUUGUAUGAGACGAUUGAAGAGCUAGAAUCACAAGUGCAACAGUGGAAGGAGCGUUGCAAUAAGGCGGAAAUGGAGCGAGACCGCCUUAGAAGAGUAGAACCACUUGUGUAG